CGCGGAACGGCGCGGGAGCGCGCCGGCGGCGGUGGCGGCAGUUGGGGGGCGGGGAAUGUUGGCUGAGGCGACCGUGGCGGCUUAGGCACUAGCGCGACUGGCAGUGGCUCCUGGUGCGGCUCGGCGCGUGGCCAGCUCUCGAGCUCGGAACGGAACUCUGGGCGUUUGCGGUCCCCGCCCGGAAAGUUUGCCGCGAAGCUGCGACCUCCCGGCCAGCGCGGCCCGGCAUGAAGCGGCGCUGAGGAGCUCUUGCUGCCGCCGCCGCUGCCGCCGCCGCCGCCGCCGCCGUCGCUGCCGCCGCCUGAGGAGGAGCCGCAGCACCUUGGGCCACGCCGAUGACUACUGCAAACUGUGGAGCCCACGACGAGCUCGACUUCAAACUCGUCUUCGGCGAGGACGGGGCGCCGGCGCCGCCGCCCCCGGGCUCGCGGCCUGCAGAUCUUGAGCCUGCUGAUCGUACAUCCAUUUACAUCUUAAAUGUAGAUCCACCUCCAUCCACUUUACACUCACCACUUUGCUUACCACAUCAUGGAUUACCGUCUCACUCUUCUGUUUUGUCACCAUCGUUUCAGCUUCAAGGUCACAAAAACUAUGAAGGAACAUGUGAGAUUCCUGAAUCUAAGUACAGUCCAUUAGGUGGUUCAAAGCCCUUUGAAUGCCCAAGUAUUCAAAUCACAUCCAUCUCUCCUAACUGUCAUCAAGAAAUAGAUGCUCAUGAAGAUGAUCUACACAUAAAUGAUCCAGAAAGGGAAUACCUGGAAAGGCCUUCUAGAGAUCACCUUUAUCUUCCUCUUGAGCCAGCCUACCGGGAGUCUUCCCUUAGUCCUAGUCCUGCCAGCAGCAUCUCUUCUAGGAGCUGGUUCUCAGAUGCAUCUUCUUGUGAAUCUCUUUCACAUAUUUAUGAUGAUGUGGAUUCAGAGUUGAAUGAAGCAGCUGCCCGAUUUACUCUUGGAUCCCCUCUGACUUCUCCUGGUGGCUCUCCUGGGGGAUGCCCUGGAGAAGAUUCCUGGCAUCAACAGUAUGGACUUGGACACUCCCUGUCACCCAGGCAGUCUCCUUGCCACUCUCCUAGAUCUAGCAUCACUGAUGAGAAUUGGCUGAGUCCCAGGCCAGCCUCAGGACCAUCGUCGAGGCCCACUUCCCCCUGUGGGAAACGACGGCAUUCUAGUGCCGAGGUUUGUUAUGCUGGGUCCCUUUCACCCCAUCAUUCACCUGUUCCUUCUCCUGGUCACUCCCCUAGGGGUAGUGUAACAGAAGAUACCUGGCUCAAUACUUCUGUCCAGGGUGGAUCGGGUCUUGGCCCUACACUUAUUUCAUUUCAGUACUAUGUAGACACUGAUAUCCCUCUGAAGACCAGGAAGACGUCUGAAGAUCAAGCUACCAUACUACCAGGAAAAUUAGAGCUCUGUUCAGAUGACCAAGGGAGUUUAUCACCAUCCCGGGAAACUUCAGUAGAUGAUGGCCUUGGAUCUCAGUAUCCUUUAAAGAAAGAUUCAUCCGGUGACCAAUUUCUUUCAGUUCCUUCACCCUUUACUUGGAGCAAACCAAAGCCUGGUCACACCCCUAUAUUUCGCACAUCUUCGUUACCUCCACUAGACUGGCCUUUACCAACUCACUUUGGACAGUAUGAAUUGAAAAUAGAAGUGCAGCCUAAAACUCAUCAUCGAGCGCAUUAUGAAACCGAGGGUAGCCGAGGAGCUGUAAAAGCAUCAACUGGGGGACAUCCUGUUGUAAAGCUCCUGGGCUAUAGUGAAAAGCCAAUAAGUCUACAGAUGUUUAUUGGAACAGCAGAUGAUCGAUAUUUACGACCUCAUGCAUUUUACCAGGUUCAUCGAAUCACGGGGAAGACUGUUGCUACAGCGAGCCAAGAGAUAAUAAUUGCCAGCACAAAAGUUUUGGAAAUUCCACUUCUUCCAGAAAACAACAUGUCAGCCAGUAUUGAUUGUGCAGGUAUUUUGAAACUUCGCAAUUCAGAUAUAGAACUUCGAAAAGGAGAAACUGAUAUUGGCAGAAAGAAUACUAGAGUCCGACUUGUGUUUCGUGUACACAUCCCACAGCCAAAUGGAAAAGUCCUUUCUCUGCAGACAGCUUCUAUACCUGUUGAGUGUUCCCAGCGGUCUGCUCAGGAACUUCCUCAUAUUGAGAAGUAUAGUAUCAACAGCUGUUCUGUAAACGGAGGUCAUGAGAUGAUUGUGACAGGAUCUAAUUUUCUUCCAGAAUCCAAAAUUAUUUUUCUUGAAAAAGGACAAGAUGGACGACCUCAAUGGGAGGUAGAAGGGAAAAUAAUCAGGGAAAAAUGUCAAGGGGCUCACAUUGUCCUUGAAGUUCCUCCGUAUCAUAACCCAGCAGUUACAGCUGCUGUGCAGGUGCACUUUUAUCUUUGCAAUGGCAAGAGGAAGAAAAGCCAGUCUCAACGUUUUACUUACACACCAGUUUUGAUGAAGCAAGAACACAGAGAAGAGAUUGACUUGUCUUCAGUUCCAUCGUUGCCUGUGCCUCAUUCUACCCAGAGCCAGAGGCCUUCCUCAGAUACAGGACACCUACGUGAUGGUGUACUGUCAGCACAGAGAAACUUGGUUUGUCCUAUUCAGCAAACAUAUGGAUCCCUGUUAACCUCAUCCCAUCUGACACAGUUGCAGUGUAGGGAUGAGAGUGCUGGUAAAGAACAGCACAUGCUACCGUCUUCAGUCAUUCACCAGCCUUUUCAAGUUGUACCAACACCUGUGGCGUCUUCCUAUCAGUCUAUGCAAAGUAAUGUUGUGUACAAUGGACCAUCUUGUCUUCCUACUAAUGCUGCCUCUAGUCAAGAAUUUGAUCCAGUUUUGUUUCAGCAAGAUACAGCUCUUCCUCGUUUAAUAAGUCUUGGCUGUCAACCACCUUCAUCCAUACCAUUUCAUUCCUCUAAUUCAGGCUCAGCAGGACAUCUCUUAGCCCAUUCACCUCAUUCUAUGCAGACCCUGCCUCAUCUGCCAUCAACAGGAUACCAUUGUCCGAACACAGGACAGAGAUCUCUUUCUUCUCCUGUAGCCGACCAGGUCACAGGCCAGCCUUCCCCUCAGUUACAGCCUAUUACAUACACCCCUUCACAUUCAGGAUCUGCUACAACAGCCUCCCCAGCAGCCUCUUGUCCCCUGGCCAGUUCGCCACUCUCUGGGCCUUCAUCACCAUCUCCUCAGCUACAGCCUAUGCCUUACCAGAAUCCUAGCUCAGGAACUGCCUCGUCACCGUCUCUAACCACCAGAAUGCAUUCUGAUCAACAUUCAACUCAAGCACAAAGUACGGGCCAGGGAGGUCUUUCUGCUCCUUCAUCCUUAAUAUGUCACAAUUUGUGUGAUCCAGCUUCAUUUCCACCUGAUGAGUCAACUGUGAACAUUAAACCUGAACCUGAAGAGCAUGAGCCUAACUUCUCAACUAUUGGUCUUCAGGACAUCACUUUAGAUGAUGACCAGUUUAUCUCUGACUUGGAACACCAGCCGUCAGGUUCAGCAGAGAAAUGGCCUAACCACAGUGAGCUCUCAUAUCCAGCUCCUUUCUGGAGAAUCUAGAGGUGAACGAGAUCAUUGGGAGAGACAUGUCCCAGAUUUCUGUUUCCCGAGGAAGAGGGGCGAGCAGGCAGCCUCCCCUCCCUGGUCCCGAGUCCCUGGAUUUAGGAAGAUCCGAUGGGCUCUGACAGCCUUGGGCCACCACCAUGUACUUCUCAGCAUGUUUCUCUCCUUGGACCUUGGGUUUCUAACUCGGCAGCCUUCAGGACUCGUGCCAGAAGUUGGGAUCAUUGUGUGGGGAAUGCAACGUUUCUCCACCUCAGGCCUUGGGUAGAUUUUAUAGACGAACAGGAACAGCAGAGGCUGUUUGAGCUUUGCUUUUUAUAUUUAAAUAGAUACUUUUAUAUGAUGGGUGCUUUGAGUGUAAAUGCAGCAGACUCCAUUUCAGAGGUGCUGCUUUAUGCAGGUAACCUGGUUGCUUAGGUAGGAUUGGUGAUUUGUACUGCUUUACGGUCAUUUAAAGGGCCCUCUAGCUUUGAUAUUUUUAAAAUAAGAAUUUUUGAUAAAAUCUUCCACAGGCAAACAACAACAAAAUACCCUCAGCCCAUACUAUGCCUCAGAAACUCAGCAUGUGUCCUGAAGCCUUCCAUAGACUCAUAGGAAAUAAAGCCAAAUGUAGCUCAUACUUUAUAAGAGUAAAUUGUUAGGUAAAAUGAAAAGAGACCAUUCCAAUCAUUGAAAUGUUGGAAUAGAAAAAGACAUUCCAGAGCAUAGCCUUUCUGCCACUUUCUAGGUACAGUUUUCCUGCAAUUUCUCCAUUACCAACACCAUGUGGAAAUAGCUUUUUCCCCCUCAGGGCCUUGGGUCAGAUAGAUGCUUGACAGGUGACUUUUCCGGGUCAGGCUGUGAGCAUGGGAGUUUGUUUCCUGCCAUCCUGCAAACAAGAAGGCUACUGAGUGCUCUUCCUAUUUGUAUCCUGUGGAUUCAUAUAUUUUCCAAGUGGGAGCAUCUACAUUUUGCUGCUCUUUAACCUUAGAAGCCACAGUCUCAUCUGGGUACCCUGCCUUGUUGGUUCUGUCUUGCCUCCAGAAGCAGACUGUCAGGAACUAAGCACAAAUGAGAAUUGCUGCAGGUCAGUAGCAUAGAAAAUGAAGGACUUCACAUGGGACACGUUUAAGAGCCACACUGGCCUGGAAGGUUAAUCCCUCAUUCUGUUUACAGCCUAAAAUUAUCCUGGCUUGCCCUGUCCCUUCUGUGUGGCCUAAAAAUUGGCCUUUUCCCUAAAAGGGUUUUAGGCAUAUUUUAAAAAAAGAAAAAUCAGCGGGUAGGGCAUUUGUCUUGCACACAACUGACCUGGGUUCAAUCCCUGGCAUCCCAUAUGAUCCCCUGAGCACCGCCAGGAGUAAUCCCUGAGUGCAGAGCCAGGAGUAAUCCUGAGCAUUGCCGGGUGUGACCCAAAUAGCAAAAAAAAAAAAUCCGCAUCAUCGACCUGACCCUCCACACCAAAGAUUCCCUGGUGCUGCUGCUGGUGAAGCUGGCACCCAAGGCAGGGGCCAGCAACAAGCUCCAGCCUGCUGUCUAACCAAAGGAGAUGCCCAAAUUGGGUGCUAUUUUCAAACCCUGCCCAAACCCCUCACCUUAAUGGGACCCCAGUUCAGAGCUCCUCAAGUGUGUUUUCCUUUUGAAAUUUGCUUUACUUUUUUCAGGAUGUAAAUUUUUUGAGUACCUGCAUGUGAGAGAAAUUGCUGGGCCGAUCAAAGGUUUAAGAUUAUUUCAGGUCAUUUCAUUAUGGGCCAGAACUCUCCACUGAAGCCCAGUGAGAUGUAUGGGGUAUUAGCCCAGCUCAUUGCCCUGUUUUAUCUAGUCGGGUAGAAGCUAUUGACCCAGCAUGAGGCACUGUGGGUGGGUCUUUUUUCUUUCUUUUUUUCCUUAAAGAAACCAAUGAUGUUUUAGAUUUCUUCCCCCUCAAACUAGAGAGAAAUAUUCUGCAAAUUACUCUGGUCUCACUUGGAGCUGGGUGAGUCAUUAGAUCUCUUUUGAAAAUGAGCUUUGUGUCAAGUGUGAAUAGUGAGACUUGCUUCAGGGCCUAUGUUUGGAAGCCCACAGCUUCCUUUGGAUGGGCGGGUGGGUGGGGGACGUGUGUCAGGGGACAAGCUGGCCUCUGAGCUCCAGAGAACUGGCCAGACUUACUUCUCCCCAACUCUCUUGCCCCUGGUGUAGCUGCCUCACAUGGGGUUCUUGCAAGUUUCUUUUGCAAGACUUUGGGGGAUGCUCUACUGCCCUCCAGAAUAAAAACCUCUAUGAUUCAGAGUUGCUAUGCACCAAGUUUUGAUGCCUUUUAAAUACCUUGAUGCCUGUAGCACUAGAGAUGCUUUCCUAUUUAAAAUAAAAAGUUAAAUUUUAAAAUAGAGCUUUGUAUACUAUAUAAGCAAUUUUAUAAGAGCUUUGGUGUAAGAGUCUAUUUUUUUGGCUUUGUAGAUAAAAACUUAAAUUUUGUGCAACCUAGUGUCAUUAAAGCACACAUCCGAUGGACUAUGCAAAUUUCUAAUAGCAGCACCAAGCAGCCAGGCCUGUGUGUGCACCCUCACCCCGCACUGCAGCCCUUUGAAGAAGGGGGAAGCAGCCUUUUGCUUAUUGGAAGUGCAGAGAAACAUAGCUGAAGAAAGUAGAAAAAAGGAACUGGAUGAUUUAAGGUUCACAUGUGGUGCUGCUGCCCCGGGCUGCACCCAUGUCUGUUGGGUCUGGCAGUAAAGCCCCAUUUGGAAUAUUCGGAACAGAGGGUCUUUCAGACUCAUGAUUACAACCAUGUAUUUCAGAAAAUGGAUGAUGUUCAGUUGAGGAACUGGUUCUCAGGUAUGUUUACAGCACUUGGGAUUGUGUUUUCUUGUACAGUUUGUAUUUUAAAACCUUUCAUAGGAGUACAGUGCUCCUUACACAGACACAAAGGGAAGAGCCAGCAGUUCAAGCUCCUCAGUUAACAGUGCUGAAAUAAUAAACGGUUAACAGGUGAA